AUGGAUCUUAAAUGUCCUGAGGAAUUGGUAGUGUUUGCACGUCCUGGCACAGCAGGCUUCACUCCAGUGGCGCACGCCAGGGUCCGUGGUUCGAAUCCGACCUCCGGCACUCGACUUCCCCUGUCUAGGCUUGGACAAACUGGUAGUAUCCCAGCCCUCGUGCUUCCUCCGGAUGGCAUGGCAGCUAGGCACCGAAAGGGUGUUACAGCAGAACGAUUUAUUUAUAAACAAGAAGUGCGAGAUAGCUUAGGGGUGAACCGAAAAGUAUGUGGUUCGAACCCAAUUCCGUCAACCACUGCUGUCUCAGCUUGGGCAACCUGGCAGUAUUUCAGCCUUCGCCCUUCUUUUGGGGUGCUUGAUGGCUCAAAACCGAAGGGAUUAUUAUGA